AUGAGUUGGUUCAAGCAGUGAGUGCUAUUGCUUCCUUAUAAAUACAUGUCAUUCCUCUCCCUAAGAAUCACACACAACACAACAGAACACAGUACAACAACAAACAUUUUCUUCAAUCUCAUUUAGAAUAUUGAUCAUGGCUGUUUUCACAUUCGAGGAUCAAACCACUUCUCCCGUGGCUCCUUCUAUCCUUUACAAGGCUCUUGUCAAAGACGCCGACAACAUCGUCCCAAAGGCUGUUGAUUCUUUCAAGAGUGUUGAAAUCGUUGAAGGCAACGGAGGCCCCGGAACCAUCAAGAAGAUCUCUUUCCUUGAGGAUGGAGAGACAAAGUUUGUGUUGCACAAAAUAGAAGGAAUAGACGAGGCUAACUUGGGAUACAGCUACAGCAUAGUUGGAGGUGCUGCUUUGCCAAACACUGCAGAAAAGAUCACCAUCGACACCAUACUGAGUGAUGGCCCCAACGGAGGCUCAGUCGUAAAGCUGAGCAUAAAGUAUCACAGCAAAGGAGAUGCUUCACCCAAUGAAGAUGAGCUCAAAGCUGGUAAAGCCAAGAGUGAUGCUCUUUUCAAGGUCAUUGAGGCUUACCUUUUGGCCAAUGCUUGAAUUCUUCCAAGUUAUCAGCAAGGACCUUAUGAUAUUACAUACUGAGUUUUAUUGUGUGGAGUGUAUGCUUUAAGUUAAGUUCGUUUAUAAUGUAAGAUUGUUUUUCUUAUUUGCUUUGGCCUCUCACAGCGAGAGCUGAUAUCUUUGUAUAUCUCUCUUCAUCUAUGAAUUAUAAUAAAGGAAUGCAUAUUUGCAUAUAAGUUUGAAGUUGUUGUUUGUCUUAAAGAAUGAAUUGGAUGAGAAGAAAGUUGAUA